AUGUGGGAGGUGCACUCCAACGCCCUCUGCCAUACAGACAUCUACACGCUUUCGGGCCAGGAUCCGGAGGGGCUCUUUCCCAGCAUCCUGGGGCAUGAGGCCGGCACCGAGGUGGAAAGUGUCGGCGAGGGGGUGGUGGGCCUACAGCCCGGUGACAAGGUGAUCCCCUGCUACACCCCGCAGUGUGGGGAGCCGGAUUGCAUCUUUUGCUUUCCGCCACGAGGCAAGCGCACCAACCUCUGUCCAAAGAUCCGUGGCACCCAGGGAGGGGGCGUCAUGCCCGACGGUACGAGCCGCUUCACCGACGCGGAAGGCAAAGAGAUCAAGCAUUUCAUGGGCUGCUCCACCUUCUCCGAGUACACUGUCGUGGCUGACAUCUCUUGCGCAAAGGUUUCGGACAGCGCGCCCCUUGACGUUUGCUCCCUGUUGGGAUGUGGCGUAUCGACGGGGCUGGGCGCCGUGUGGAACACGCUGAAUGUAGAGGGCGGCUCCAGCGUGGCUGUUUUCGGCCUCGGGGCUGUUGGCUUGGCGGUGAUCCAAGGCUCCCAGAUGAGGGGGGCGGCCCGCAUCUUUGCCAUCGACACGAACCCCAAGAAGUUCGAAAUCGCCAAGGAACUCGGGGCCACGGACUGCGUCAACCCAAAGGAUUACGACAAGCCCAUUCAGCAGGUGCUAGUUGGCAUGACGAAGUGGGGCAUCGACUACACUUUUGACUGCACGGGCAACACGGAGGUGAUGCGGGCGGCGCUGGAGAGCGCCCAUCGUGGAUGGGGCGAAUCGUGUGUCAUUGGCGUGGCAGCUGCGGGCAAGGAAAUCAGCACCCGGCCCUUCCAGCUCGUCACUGGCCGGAAGUGGACCGGCACGGCUUUCGGCGGCUUCAAGGGCCGAUCCGAGGUUCCGCCCCUGAUCGAUGCCUACGAGGCAGGCCGGCUGAAGCUGGACCACUACAUCACACAUCGCUUUCAAGGAGUGGAAGGCGGGCAAUGGGGAUGUCGAUGGAUGCCGAAAGAACAGGAUUAG